CCCUUCCGACUCCCCCCACACUCCCGUUGCAUCCGCGGUUCCGCCCUAGGCCAAGCCCUGGACCCUCGCAAAUUCCCCAAAUCCCCCGGCCCCCGCUCCCACCCGCCGACCUCGCCGCCAACCCUCCUCGCAGGCCCCAAUGGAGGAAGGCAGCGACGCGCAACCGCCGCCCCCACCCCACGCCGAAGCCGCGGAGCAGCCACCCCCCGUCCCAAUGGACCAGGACGAGGGCCGGGGAGCAGCCGCAGAACCCAUGGAGGACGGAGAAACCGCCGCCGCAGAUGCGUCCGAGGCCGCGGAUCCCAUGGAGGACGGGGAAACGGCAGGGGACUCCACCGCGGCCGCGGAGCCCAUGGAGGACGACGCGCCCACGUCCUCCCCGACCCCGUCGGCGCCGUCCGCCACCGCGGCCGUCGACGACUCCACCAUCGCGCGGAAGCGGCGCCGCCGGAAGAAGCAGUUCCCCGGUAUGAUUCCCACGGCCGGCGUCCGCGUCCUCCGUGGAUCCUCCUCCUCCUCCGCCCACACCGCGGCGCAUCUGACCGGCGUCCCGCGUCGCCGGGGGCGGCCCCCGACCUCCUCCUCCCUCCGCCUCGCCCGGGAGCUCGACUCCGAGGCCCUCAUCGCUCUCGCCGCGGGGUUCCCCGCGGACUCCCUCUCCGAGGACGAGAUCGUUGCCGCCGUGCUCCCACGCAUUGGCGGCGCCGAGCAGGCCAACUACCUCGUCGUUCGCAACCACAUCGUCGCGCUCUGGCGCUCUAAUCCCCUUUCCCCAGUCGCACCCAACGCGGCGCUUGCUUCCAUUCGCGCUGAGCACGCGCUCCUUGUUGCCGCGGCGCAUUCCUUCCUGUCCGAGCACGCGUACAUCAAUUUCGGGCUUGCCCCCGCCGUCCUCUCGCUCCCCCCACGGUCUCCUCCCUCCUUUCCUCCCCCAUCUGUCCUCAUUAUUGGCGCUGGCCUUGCUGGUCUGGGUGCGGCACGCCACCUUAUAGCACUAGGCUUCAAGGUGGCCAUCAUCGAAGGUCGACUCCGACCUGGUGGCCGUGUGUUUACCAAGACAAUGCGUUCAUCUGCUGCAGAGUAUCCUGACACAGUUGCUGCUGCUGACCUUGGAGGCAGCGUGCUCACCGGUAUCAAUGGGAAUCCCCUUGGUGUCAUCGCACGGCAGCUUGGAUUCCCGCUCCACAAAGUGCGGGACAAAUGCCCACUGUAUCUUCCAGAUGGCCGCCCAGUUGACCCCGACAUGGAUGCUCGAGUUGAGGCUGCAUUUAACCAGCUUCUGGACAAGGUUUGCCAGUUGAGGCAGGUGAUUGCAGAUGGUGUGCCACAUGGUGUUGAUUUGUCACUGGGCAUGGCACUUGAGGCAUUCCGAGCAGCGCAUGGUGUUGCAGCUGAGCAUGAAGAAAGGAUGCUUCUGGACUGGCAUCUGGCGAACCUGGAGUAUGCUAAUGCUGCCCCUCUUGCUGAUCUCUCCAUGGCCUUCUGGGACCAGGAUGAUCCAUAUGAAAUGGGCGGAGACCACUGCUUUAUUCCUGGUGGAAAUUCUCAGUUUGUCCGUGCACUUGCUGAUGGCAUCCCGAUAUUCUAUGGACAGAAUGUGCGAAGGGUACAGUAUGGGCGUGAUGGUGUGAUGGUGCACACUGAUAAGCAGUCGUUUCGUGGUGAUAUGGUUCUCUGUACAGUUCCUCUUGGCGUGCUCAAGAAGGGUGACAUCAAGUUUGUGCCUGAGCUACCAGCUCAGAAAAAAGAGGCCAUCCAGAGAUUGGGUUUUGGUCUGCUUAACAAGGUUGUGAUGCUGUUCCCAUAUGAUUUCUGGGAUGGUAGGAUUGAUACAUUUGGUCACUUGACAGAAGACUCUUGUCAGCGUGGCGAGUUCUUCCUGUUCUACAGCUAUUCUUCUGUCUCAGGAGGGCCAUUGCUCAUUGCCCUUGUUGCUGGGGAAUCUGCAGUCAAGUUUGAGGAGGCUUCACCAAUGGAAAAUGUUGAGAAGGUGCUGGAAACACUUAGGAAAAUCUUUUCUCCCAAGGGGAUUGAAAUUCCAAACCCAUUGCAAGCAAUAUGCACUCGAUGGGGUACCGACAGGUUUACUUAUGGAUCAUACUCAUAUGUUGCUAUUGGCGCCUCUGGUGAUGACUAUGACAUUUUGGCUGAGAGUGUGCAUGAUAGAGUUUUCUUUGCUGGGGAGGCAACAAAUAGGCGGUACCCCGCUACAAUGCAUGGAGCCCUGCUUAGUGGGUAUAGGGAGGCUGCUAACAUUUUAAGAGCAGCUAGAAGGAGAGCUAAAAAAGUGGACUCGCCUGAGAAAAUGGAUAUUAAUAUUGAAGUAAAAGUGGAUGUCAACGGUGAAGUCAAAGACAAUGUUAAAGAUAGCAACAUUCGUUUGGAUGAUCUCUUCCGUUCUCCUGAUGAUGCAUUUGGGGGUUUCUCAGUUCUCCAUGAUCCAUCUACCUCGGAACCCGAUUCAAUUUCCUUGCUGCGUGUUGGAAUUGGUGCUAGAAAGCUAGGUUCUGGUUCACUUUUCCUCUAUGGAUUGAUAAUGAGAAAGAAUGUACCUGUGCUGGCUGCAAUUGAGGGUGAUGAACAACGGUUGAGUACAAUGUACCGAGAUUUUGGGACAAAACUUGUGGGAUUGGAUAGCUUGGGUGAUGCUGGGGAAAGCCUUAUCUCUCGGAUAAAGGCUGCUUAUAGGAAAUAAUGCCAAAGUAUGUUUAGAUGGUCAACUGUCACCUGUAAUCGUUUUCAGCUCCGAGCGCUGAGUUCUUAUGCUCAGCAUAGUUACUGACCUCUGUAAUUCAUUCAUUUGAUUAAUUGCCUCAUUUUUCUCGUCUCUCAUCAAUGUGUUAAGUUCUGCCAUGUUGUGCUGAACUGCUGAUAAACCAUCGGAGAAUAAUCAAAGUUCAUAUCACCACAUCAAACAAUGUGGUUUUCGAAUCA